CAAAUGAUAUAAGACUGUGCUUGAUAGCCUCGUGUGUGGUCACAUAUUUAUAAAAAAAAAAAAAAAUUACUCCAACAUUUUUAAAAACUUUUAUAUAAUAUUCUUCCGCGAAUUUGUUGGUGAUUGUCCAUGGUAUCUGGUCAGUUUCACCGUCAAUUCAUCUUCGUGGUUUCUUGAUGAUCAAAAUCCCCCUAAGCCGGUCUUUGGUGUGUGUUCUACUGGUAUAGAGUCGAGAAACUUGAUGCUUAAGUUUAAUAAAAAGGAGGUCACAAUCGAUUUAAAACGAGCCAAGUGAAUAAACGACAUAACAACUAUCAACUAUAUAUUUUUCUUCAACAACUUGAAUCAAUUGAUUGCACUGAUAAAAAUUUAUUUUAUUUGUUACUCCAAUUUAUUUAUAAAAUCAAAUAAUAAUUUGUCAUUUAUUUACAUGAGUAAAUGGAUUGAUCAAAAAUAUAUUAAAAUUAUCAUCGUGAUUAUUGUCAAGUGAUAGAUCAUCAUCAUCAAAGUGUUGAUUAUGAUUGUUUAAUUUAACAAUAAAAUAUAUUGUAAAAUUAAAAAUGGAUCUUGGUAAUUACAGAACUGGACCAAGAACAAGACUUCGUCGACGAGCUGAAUUAGGAAGAAAAUUAACCAGAAGAUUAUCAAUGGUUGCUCGUGUACCAGCAGCAAUUCUUAAUCGUGCUAAUAAUCCAGAACCACGACCUGUUGAAAUCACAGCAAUUGCACCUGAUAAAACUCAACUCACGCUUCCUGGUAUAUCACCGGGUUCAGUGUCAACUAUUGUUGCCCCUGUACUACUAAAGUAUCGUGUUUGUCGACCAAGAUUAUUGUUGGCUGGUUCCAGGGCCGAAGUUGAUCCAGCUGCUGAUCUUGCACUUCUUCAUGGUGAAGUUUUACUUAUUGAAGAUGCUGCCAGGCAAUUUAAUCCAAUUGGAGAUACUGACAAAAGAUAUAGAAUAACAGAAAAACUUUUACAUGCUGAAGAUGAAUAUCGUCAGAUUUUAAAAAGUGCUAAAGAAUUAUAUGGUCGUCCACUAGCAAAAAAUCAUCCAGAAUAUUAUGAAAUUAUUCUAAAACCAUUGGAGGAUCUUUCAAAACUCAGUGGAGAAUUAUGUGAAAGGAUUCAAAAAACAUUGGAACACUGGGAUGCUGAUGCAUUUAAACCGAGUGAAUUAUUUCCCGCCUCUUUCUGGUCAUCACAGUGGUAUUACCUAGAGGAUUACAUUGAAGCAAGAAGAACACUCGAUGAAUUGAAAGCACAUGAAAAUCCAAUACUUGUUUUUUUUCGUCAUUUACAAGCUGCAGCAAAAUACAACCCAUCAUCUCUUCUUCUUCUACCGGUUAAUAGACUAGCUGAGUAUGAAAGAUAUCUUGGUCAAGACGCACAAAAUUUGGCUGAUACUGAAAAUGGAAUAACAAGUGGUGCAGUUUUACGACGUGGUCAACUUGAGGGUGAUCUUCAUCGAAUUCAAGAAUUAUUUCCAGGCGAUAAUUUGCGUCUCCAUGAACGUGAUGUUCUCACUACGAAAAUGAAAAGUCACAUUCGUAAAAGAUCAACUGGUAAUCCUGGUCGACUAUCACGUGCAUUGUCACAAAAAAAUUUACAAAAUGUUGGAGCACCAGUACCAGCACCAAAAACACCACCAAGAACUUUUCUACUUGAGACACCAGUACAAUUUACAACUGGAGUACAAUCACAAGAAAGACACUUGUUUUUAUUUUCUGAUCUUUUGUUGAUCGCAAAAUCACGCAGUAGUGGUAAUUUUAAACUCAAACAGACCGUAAAGAUUAGUGAACUCUGGUUAACAACUGGACACAUUGAGGAUGUUGCCGAAACAAACAAAUCACAGGAAACAAGUUUUGUUUUUGGUUGGCCAACAACAAAUGUCGUUGCGACCUUCAUGACUGCUGCAGCUAGAGAUCUUUGGUGGGGUAGACUAAAUGAGCUUGUAAGAGAAGAGAGCCUCAAGGAGCCGCAAAAUACAAAUAUUCGAGUCGUGUAUCAUGAUAUUGACACAAACACUGAAUACUGUGAAACAAUUGUUGGUAAUUCAAAAAUGACAGCAGCUCAGUGUGUUAGUUCAGCAAUGAGAUUAUGGGAUCUUCAAGGUACAUAUCAACUUUGGGCAAGACCAUCAUCUGAUGAAGAUUUAUAUCCUCUUAUUGGACAUGAAAGACCAAGUGCAAUUAAAUUAUCAAAUUUACGUCAUAAAUUAUCAACUGAAGAAGGUUUUGAUCUUGAACAUUGCAAUAAAAGUGGACAUGAUACUUGUCAUUUUUUAUUAAAACCAAUAAAUAAAACACCAAUUAAAAAUAAAAAAUCAAAAAUAACUGGUUUAUUAAGAAGAUCAUUUUCAAUGAAUCAAGUUGUAUUUGGUACAAAUUUAUCAAGAUUAGAUGAAAAUGGUUUACCAAAACCAGUACUUGUUAUGUUACAACAAUUAUUUGCAAAAGGACCAUUUACAACUGGUAUAUUUCGUAAAUCAGCAAAUCUUAGAAUUGUACGACAAUUAAAAGAUCAAAUUGAUGCAACUGGUGAUGCAAGUUGUCUUGAAGAUGUACCAAUAAUUGCAAUUGGUUCAUUAUUUAAAGAAUUUUUAAGAUCAUUACCAGAACCAUUAUUAACUGCUCAUUUAUUUCCAUUAUGGAUGUCAAGUUUAGAUAGUCCAAAUACAAUGCAAACAAUUAAAAAUAUACUUAAUCAAUUACCAAAAGCAAAUUAUACAUUAUUAUCACAUUUAAUAUGUGUACUUCAUCAUAUUGCAAGAAGAUCAAAACAUAAUUUAAUGUGUGCUAGUAAUCUUGGUGUAUGUUGUGGACCAAGUUUAUUAUGGUCAACAAGUCCAACAGUUAAUCAAAGUCGUACAAUACCAGCAUUAACUGAAAUGUUAAUAAGACAUUGUGAAGUAUUAUUUGAUGAUAAUGUUGUUAAUUUAUUUGGUGAAGAAAAAAGUGAUAGUGGUGCUGAAGAAAGUACUGAUAGUGUACAUUCUGGUGGUAUAUCAUUAGAUAGUUUAGAUCUUACUGAUCCACCAAGAAAAGAUCAAAUGUCAUUAUCACGUGAUUCUGGUUUAACAUUAUCUGAUUGUCAAUUAUUUAUUCCUGAAUCACCAGUUGGAUCUGAACAUUCAACAGCAAAUGCUUCAACAUCAAGUUUUGAUAAAUCAUUAUCUGAUAAAGAAAAAUUACUAAAUAAAUCAUAUGUGCCAGUAUAUAGUAGUUGGGAAGAUAGACUAGCUCGUUAUGCAAAUAAUCAUCAACUAAUUAAUAAUAAUAAUAAUAUUAACAAUAAUAAUAAUAAUAAUAUAAAUAAUAAUAGUAAUAGUAAUAAUGAUGAUUUACCUAUUGAUAAAACAACAUAUCCAAAUUCACAUUUUCAAAGACAAAAUUGGCUACGUUCACAAUUAAAACGUACACCAAGAACAAAAUUAGAUGAACAUGAUAUAAAUCAACGUGAUUAUCAUAAUCAACAAAAUAAUAUAAUAAAAGAUAAUAAUAUUGUUAAAGUAGAUAUUUAUUCACAACAAGAUAAUAAUAAUAUAAGUUGUGCUGAAAGAAUAUCAAUAAAUGGCUCUGAACAAGGAUCAACAAGUGAAUCAACAUUAUCAAAUGAACAUUAUGAUUGUUUUAUUGAUUAUAAAAAAAAAUUAAAUACAAAUUUAUAUAAAAAUAAUGAUAAAAAAAUUAAUGAUAAUUUUUCUACUAUUGGUGAAUAUAGUAAAAUUAAAUAUAAAGAAGUUGAUGGACAAAUUUAUUGUAGAUUUGAUUUAAAAGAUCUUGUAUAUGCCAAUGCUAAAAGAAAAAUUAUUGAUAGUAUUAUAUAUAGUAAUCAAGAUACUGUUAAUAACAAUAAUAAUAAUAAUAUUGAUAAUAAUACAAAAAAACAUAAUGAUACAUUUAAUUACAAAAAGUCUCAUAAUAAAAUUGAUAGUUUUUGUGAUAAUGAUGAUGAAGAUGAAGAUGAUGUUCAUCAUGUUGGUGUCAAUGUUGAUGAUGAUGACGACGAUGAUGAAGAUGAUGAUGACAAUGAGGACGAUGAUGAAGAUAAUAAUAGUGGAAGAAUAUGGACUGAUGCACCACCACCACUGCCACCAAGACUACGUCAUUUGCCACCAGUUCAUAUGAAUUUAGAGGAUAGACAUAAAGUUGCAAUAAGAUCAAGAUCAUUACCACCACCACCACCAUAUAGGCCACCACCACAACCAAGAGCACCAAUUACAACAAGACAUCUUGGAUAUUCAAGAUCUGUUGUUGAUGACGAGAGCUAUGUCUGAAAUUAUCGCUCUUUAUAUACAAAUUAUUGAUAUAUUAUAUAUACAUUAUUUUAUUUUCUAACUAGUCCGAAUUUUAUCAAUUGAUUUUUUUGGAUUAUUUAAAUGAGAGCAAGAUAAUUAAUGAAAAAAAAAAGAUUAUUAAAAAUCACUUUGAAAUAUGAUUUAUAUAUAUUUUUUUUCUUUUUUUUUUUUUUUUGUAUAUUGAUAGAUUUUUAUUUUCGUGGUAAAUAAUAAAAUGAUCGAAUAAUCUUCCAGUGAUAAUUCAAGACAAGCUGUUUGUUGUUAUUGUUGAGAAUUAAUAAAAUAAUAAAUAAAUAGAAAAAAAAAUGAAAAAAAUAUUUUUAUAAUAUUUUUCAUUUUUUAUAUAUAUAUUUUUAAAUAUAAUAUUCAGGGUGCUUCCACAAGCUUAUGAUAAUUAUAAUUGAGUGGCUGAUAUUGCGUGGUUGAUAAUGAAAGACUAUAAAUAUAUAUAUAUUUUUUUUUUUUAUAUUAUAUAUAAAUAUAUAUAUUUUUUUUAUGUUGACUAUGCUAAAAAUAUUUCUUUUUUUUUUUCUUUUAUUCUUAUUAUUUUUACGCAUAAACCAAACUUCUUUAUAAAGAAAGAAAAAUUAAUUUAUCCAAUCGAUCGAAUUUUGAUAAUUAUUUAACUAUAUUUUUAUAUAAUAUAUAUACUUUUUUUCCUAUUUUUUUUUUUUCUAAGUUAAAGAAUUCUUGAAAUUUUUGAAAUUAUUACAGUGUUUUCUGUAACAAUAAGAAAUAAAUCAUGACAUUAGUUUUUAAGAUAAUAAAUAUAUAUAAAUAUAUAUUAUACAAAAAAUAUAAAACAUAUAAAUAUAAGUGAUAAAAUAAAAAUUGUACACAAAUUAUGAGAUAAAAUUUAAAUAUCAAUAAGACAAUCAAAAAUAGAAAAAAAAAAGUUUAUUAUAUUUUUUUUUUUUUUAUAUUUUUUCUUCAAUAUUUUAUUCAUUGUAAAUAUCAUUUUUUAGUUAUUAUAAUACUUUUAUAUAAAAUUGAUUUAAAAUAUUAAGAAAAACAAAAAAUAUAUAUAUAAAUAAUUAAUAAAAUAUAUGCCAAUCUUGAAAAAAAAAAAAAAAAAAA